AUGGUCAAGACGCAUGAUAUCGUCGUGUUCUCAGGCGACUACGGGGGUCCCGAGGUGAUGGCAGAAGGCCUGAAGGUACUGACUGAUAGUGAACUACCUCAGGUUCUAGGAGAGAUCCAGAGGCAAUACCAAACGAGGGUCACACUGAACCUCAAACAUCAUCUUCUCGGCGGAGUAUCCUUUGAUGCGUAUGGCACCCCUGUAACUGAGGAGGCUCUCCAACAUGCGCAGAACGCAUCAGCGGUCCUUCUAGGCGCCGUGGGUGGUCCGGCAUGGCAAGGGAGUCCGAUUCCUGUCGAGUCCGGACUAGGGAGACUACGCAAAGCCAUGGACGCGUUUGGCAACCUGCGACCGAUCAACUUCAUCGCUCCCGCCUUGAUCGAGUCGUCCAGUCUAAAGGAGCGCGUGUGCCGGGGCGCGGAUCUCCUCAUCGUUCGCGAGCUCAGCGGCGGCAUCUACUACGGGGAUCGUCAGGAACAUGAUGGGACCUUCAACGCAGCCUCAGACCUCGACCACUAUGACCGGCACGCCAUCGAGCGGGUCACACGGCUGGCUGCGCGACUGGCCCGCGCGACAGAUCCCCCCUUGCCCAUCACGAGCCUGGACAAGGCCAAUCUGCUGGCUGCCUGUGGUCGACUCUGGCGCGGCGUCGUGGAGCAGACCAUCCGCACCGAGUUCCCUGACCUGACUCUGCGGCAUAUGCUCAUCGAUACGGCGGCCAUGACCCUGGCGUGCCGGCCAACGACGUUGAAUGGCAUCGUCUUGACAAGUAACAUGUUUGGCGACAUUGUGAGCGACGAAGCCAGCGCCAUCCCCGGCAGUUUGGGGCUGCUUCCUAGUGCGAGUCUCUGUGCGAUUCCUGACCCCGAUGGUGGCGAUGGAGUGCGCGGCAUCUACGAGCCUGUUCACGGAUCCGCCCCCGACAUUGCGGGUAAAGGUAUCAUUAACCCGACGGGUAUGAUCCUGUCGGUCGCCAUGAUGCUUCGCUACUCCCUUGAGAUGCCGGACGCAGCUGAGGCUGUGGAAACAGCUGUCAAGGAGGUCAUUGAACGAGGUUGCCGGACAAGAGAUGUCGGUGGUACGGCUUCCACGACGGAGUUCGGCGACGCAGUCGUUGCGUAUUUGAAGGAUCAUGCGUGA